AUGCUCCCUCCGACUCCCAUGGCUGAUCUUUUCCUCGUUUUCCCGGCUUGCGCCCGCUUUCCAGCCCUGUCCAGGGAGCGCAGGCCUGUGGGAUUGGCGGGAUUGGGCUCCCUUCUAGGGAUGGGGCCCGGUUCUCCCACCCCCCCUCCCGGUUCGUCUUCUGCGCACAACAGUAAAGGCAAAAAAUCUGGGUCACAGCUGAGGAAGACCUCAGAUACCGAGAGCAGAAUGUGGCCUGCUCUACUGCUGUCCCAACUCCUCCCUCUCUGGCCACUGCUGUUGCUACCCCUCCCACCGCCUGCUCAGGGCUCCUCCCCUCGGUCCCCACCAGCCCCGGCCCGCCCCCCAUGCGUCCGAGGUGGCCCCUCAGCCCCUCGCCAUGUGUGUGUUUGGGAGCGUGCGCCUCCACCAAGCCGGUCCCCACGGGUCCCAAGAUCACGUCGGCAAGUUCUGCCAGGAACUGCACCUCCUGCCACCCCGUCAGGCUUUGAGGAGGGGCCUCCCUCGUCCCAGUACCCUUGGGCUAUUGUGUGGGGUCCCACAGUAUCUCGGGAGGAUGGAGGGGACCCCAACUCUGUCAAUCCUGGAUUUCUGCCCCUGGACUAUGGUUUUGCAGCCCCACAUGGGCUGGCCACCCCGCACCCUAACUCAGACUCCAUGCGGGAUGAUGGAGACGGGCUCAUCCUCGGGGAGACACCUGCUACCUUGCGGCCCUUCCUGUUUGGAGGGCGUGGAGAAGGUGUGGACCCUCAGCUUUAUGUAACGAUUACCAUAUCCAUCAUCAUCGUUCUUGUGGCUACUGGCAUCAUCUUCAAGUUCUGCUGGGACCGGAGCCAGAAACGGCGCAGGCCCUCCGGGCAGCAAGGUGCCCUGAGGCCAGAGGAGAGCCAGCAACCACUGACAGACCUGUCCCCUGCUGGAGUCACUGUGCUGGGGGCCUUUGGGGACUCACCUACCCCCACCCCUGACCAUGAGGAACCCCGAGGGGGACCCCGGCCUGGGAUGCCCCAGCCCAAGGGGGCUCCAGCCUUCCAGUUGAACCGGAUUCCCCUGGUGAAUCUGUGAUGACCCCCCCCCCCAUGUUGGGGUGCUGCCAAGCAGGAGGCCAAGUGGCCAACAUAACCACCAUCCACCGAGGGUGGGGUAACCGUGGGGAAUUGGGGCCAUGGUGGGGGGCUCCUAGCUCCUGCCCUUGCACACUACCAGGAACAUUCACUAAUCCCAUGGACAAGCCCCACUGUUUGCCUUCCAGUGGUUGGGGGCUUCCCACACUUGUGACUUUGGGUCUCCCAUUCCCACCCUUGCACAUUCACAUGAAAGCCUUGCACAUUCACCUACACCCUCACAGGCCAUAGCACACAGACAUGAUCCUCAUGCUGCUCUUCUGCUCCAUGUCCCCAUCCAUGUCUGCUCAGCUGGCUCCUAGCUCUCUCCCUCUCUCCUGUUGCACAUGUCCUGCCCCCUUUACAUUCUCUGUGCCCAUCGCAGACUGGGGAUAUGCAUUCCUGGCCCUAGUAUAUGGCAUAGUGUGCCCACUCUGCCUCAUCAACACCCACUGGUCUAGUUUCUGUGGCCCUUGCAUGCUGCCCUAGAGGUGGGUGGGAGGUGAGCUAGGAGCGCCUUGCGCCAUCUGUCAUGGCCCCAUCUUAUUCCAUGUCUUAUGUUUCACUGUCCUUCCAUCCCACUCCCAGGAUGCUGGCAUUACUGAGGGCUCCCCCACAGGGGGUAGUGAGGCCCAGUUGUUAAAUUCUGUCACCUGAAAUAUGGGUUUGGGGGGAGUCACCUGCUGCACUCCAUGAGAAGGGACUCUCAUGCCCUCUCUUCCCUCCUAACUAAGUCCCUUGUCUUGUCUGUCCUGGCUGUCUGUGUGUGUGUGUGUCUCUGUGGAAUUCAGAGGCCCUUGAACAGGCCUCUACUCCCCAUCCUCCCCUACGGCCUCCCUAAAAUGUACCUAGGCUGCCAGGAACUGAAGCCAGCUGGUUCAAGGCCAUUGGGAGCUCUGCCUCCACAUAUACCCUUCUCUUCCUGGGCCCUCUCAUGUUGUCCCUUUUUCCCUCUCCUGCUUCUUACCCUUUUCCUCUCCUCAGGUUCUUCCCUCUCUCCUUGGUCUUUCCACCUUCCUUCCUCCUCUUACCUGGCUCCUAUGCUGUGAUAUAUAUUUUUGUAUUAUCUCUUUCUUCUUGUGGUGAUAAUCUUGUGGGAUGUAAGUUUCAGAAUUUUCAAAUAAAGCCUUUGCA